AUGACUAACGAAAUAUGCAAACCAUGCGAAGCGGACGAGCUUCAGGCCUGGAAAUGUAUGAUGGACAGUAUGGUGAAGUUCAUUCAGGCGUCUACGAAAUUAAUGAACACCUUCAACGAAAAAUCGAACCCACAAAUAGAAGAUUCAACAAUUGAUUGUAAAGCACCAUGUAAAUUACAAUUCUCUUUGCCAAAAGAAGAUUCGACGACGUCAAGUGAUUGUAAAGCUCCAUGUAAUUCGCAAGGGAAUGUAUCAAAAGAAGAUAAAUUAGAAGAAGGAAGAUCAUGUCACAAGGAUUGCAAAGCGUAUAAUCCACAAAAAAAUCCUACAUGUGAAAAAUGCGAUGAAAAAGCGAAUGAAGAGGAGAAGGAAAGUAAGUUAUGUCAUCCUGAAUGUAAGUUGUGCUUACCAUCAAGAGCACCGAUUUGUAAAAAAUGUCCUACUGAUUCAGACCAGUCGUUGAAAGAGUCAAAAAACGGAUCUAAAUCAGGUGAAAUAGUUAAUCGUGAAAGUCAAACAGAAGAAAAAUGUCCGUGUCCUACAGAUAUAAAGCCAAAAAAGUGUUGUACUUGUCCAAAAGAAGAAAAUCAAACAGAAGAAACUCAAACAAUAGAGGGAAGUCAAUCAGAAGAAAAGGGUAAAGAAGAGGAGGUCAAUCCGGAAGAAGACCAGAAUCCUCCAAAAACAGAAGAAGUUGAUGAAGAAAAAGCUGAAGAUGCAGAUUCGCCUCCUGAGAAAGUUGAUGAAGAGGUACAGAAGGAAGAAGAACAAAAGGACGAGGAACAGAAAGAAGAGGAACAGAAGGAAGGGGGUGAAAAAAAGCAGCCCCUUGUAGAUUGUAGUUGUCAAUAUUCGGAUUCUGAAAUAAAACCUGUUAUUUCGUGUAAUUGUGAACAACUUAGAAAAGAAGAGGAAGAAAGAAAACAAAAAGAAGUUAUUUGUUCGUGUCCAUUGAGUUCUGAAGAAAAAUUAUCGAUAACUAAUAGAAUGCAAGAGAAAUUGGAAAUAGCGCAGCAGGAAAUAAAUCAACUGCGGAAAGAAAUUGAACAAUUGCAGUUUGCGGAAUUAACCAAACAUACAAAUUCGGCAAGACUAUAUAAAGAGAUUAUGAAGGAAUCUGUAUUAGACAAUAGCUUCAAUACAUCAGCUGCUCAACGUUCUAAAUCUUCCAGAAGAGAAGUCCUUUGUCCGAUUUUGAGAAAUAAAUUUUCAGCUCCCCAACAACAGACUUUCAAUAGAGAUAGAUCUUUCAAUAUGCAAGAUCCUGCUAAUCGACAAGUACCAGGUUCGCCGUUCGGUCAAACUAGUCGUCUUGAUAGAACCAAAUUUCAACCAUUGAAGUCUUCUUCUUUAGCUGGAAACGAUUUACUGAAUGGAACUCAAUCAGAUCCUGCUGGUAGACAAGUUUCAAGUCCAAAUGCUCGCUGUAAUAAUACGGACCAGAUUUGUGUACGAAGAUCGAAGCAACAGCGCAGAUCGCAAACAUUUAACAAAACAGCCACUUAUCAAACGUCCACAAAAUCAUCAACUCCUGAUUACAGUAGAUAUCAGCAACCAAUGGAUACGACAAUGAAGUCAUUGUACUCCUAUUAUGGAUCGCAAGGAGGUCUUGAAGAAGAACAGUAUUGUGACUGCUGUAUGCUACGAGGUUUGCUUCUUAAUUCUUGA